AAGGGUGAAAGGAAAAACAAGAAGAGCAUGAAGAAGAAAGCUUUUACCGCCGCUUGGAGCAAUGAUGAUGAGACUAGCUCAACGGAAAGUGAAAGCUCCUUGGAAAAUGGUGUUGCAAAUCUUUGCUUCAUGGCUCAAGAGGAUAGCUACAAUGAUGAGGAGGUAAACUCUAGCUUCUCUAGUUCAAUUAAUGAAAGUUCAUUUGAGUAUUCUUAUGAUGAUUUAUGCAAAGUUCUUGAUUGCUCUAUAAAUGACAUUAAGAAACUAGGAAAUGAGAAUAUUGCUCUUACUAAAACCAUUUCAUUGCCUAGGAAUGAAAUUGAAUCUCUCUCAAAACGAAAUGAGGUUUUAGUUAAAGAGAAUGCCUCUUUAAAUGAUGAGCUUGGUUCUUUAAAAAAUGAGGAGUCUAAUAAUGCUUUGAAAAAGGAAAAUGAGGAUUUAAAGAAAGGAAAUGAAGAUUUAAAGAAGGAAAAUGAGGUUUUAAAGAGAAAAGCUUGUGAUAUUGAGAAUGUGAUUUCCAAAUUUACCUUGAGUAAAGUUGAUGGCAAAGUCAUAAGAAGAGUAAAGUUGAUCUUGAUAAAGACUUAUGCCUCAACAAGAAUGUUGGAGUGAAAGUGGAAAGAGAAUUUGUUUUUGAAUGCUCCACUCAUGUGCUCAAAUUGGUAUCAUUUAUCCUAUUACAUUUAUUCAUUAAGUAUAAUCAUUAGCAUGACUAUUAAUUAUUGAUUUAUGUGUGCUUACUCUUUGAUACAUAUGCUUGUUGAAUAUAAUAUCAUUUGAUGU